AGACACGCACUCAGUUCAGGAGACGGAGAGGAGAGGYACACACGCUUUGAGCUUUUGCAGCAAAGCUUAACUUUAAACAGGGAAAGUGACUGAAAACGAAUCUGUUCUUCAGAAGAGAAGAGAAAGAGAUUUUAAACGAAUAAAAGCAGGAUUCUCCCCAGUCUGAGGUGGUGUCUGUUUCCUCCCAGUGUUUUGCAGUCCCCUCCCAGAGCUGAAAAAUGAGUCUAAGCGCCAGUGAACUGGAGGACUUGUGGGAGUCGUUCGGGGACCUGAACUUCUCCGACACCUUAAGCAACAUAUCAAGGGUGGACUCGAUGGUGUGCGUCACAGCGUUUAACCGCAGUGCUCUGCUGUACUCCAUGUGCGUCCUCUACUCUUUCAUCUUCGUCGUCGGCYUGGCCGCCAACGCUCUGGUCCUCUGGGUCAACAUCCGCGCUCAAAGGGACUCCAGCCCUCGGCACGAGACGCACACAUACAUCGCUCACCUGGCGGUGGCAGACCUCUGCGUCUGCGCGACUCUUCCCGUGUGGGUGAGCUCGCUGGCCCAGCACGGCCACUGGCCGUUCAACGAGGUGGCGUGCAAACUCACGCACCUGAUGUUCUCCGUCAACCUCUUCAGCAGCAUUUUCUUCCUGGCCUGCAUGAGCGUGGACCGCUACCUGAGCGUGAAGCAGCGCGGGGAGGAGGGAGGCGCUCGCAGGAAGCUGAUCCGCCGUGGUGUGUGUUUUGGGGUGUGGCUUCUGGCUCUGCUGGCCUCCAUUCCGGACACCUACUUCCUGCGGUUGGUGAAGUCGGCGCACGGGGACACCAUGAUCUGCAGGCCUGAGUACCCAGAGGAGAGCCACAGGGAGUGGAUGGUGGGGGUGCAGCUGAGCUUCAUCCUGAUGGGCUUUGUUCUUCCCUUUCCAAUCAUUGCAAUGUUUUAUGCCCUGCUAGCUCGAGCGUUCUCCCACUCCUCCUCCUCCUCCUCCUCGUCCCCCGUGGAGCAGGAGCGCCGUAUGAGCCGCAGGGUGAUYCUGGCCUACAUUGUGGUGUUUCUGGCGUGCUGGGGGCCCUACCAUGCCGGCCUCCUGGUUGACGCWCUGGUGCAGCUGGGACUGGUGCCCCUGACUUGCGGCUUUGAGAACGUGCUCUUUGUGGCUUUACAUCUCACUCAGUGCCUGUCUCUGCUCCACUGCUGCUUCAAUCCCAUCCUCUACAACUUCAUCAACAAAAACUACCGCUAUGACCUCAUGAAGGCCUUCAUCUUUAAAUACUCCACUCGGACUGGCUUGGCGCGACUCAUCGAGACCACAAACGUAUCGGACACCGAGUAUUCAGCUGUGGCUGUUGAAAACCCACCACUGAUCUGAAGCGCACGCUCUAAAGGACUCUUUGCAGUAGCUGAUUUGCUCUUUCCACUAGCAUCUAUUUGACAGAAAUCUGCUUUAGAUAUAGAAAAACUUGAAGACUACAGUUGAUCAUCUCUGAUAGACUGAUUAAAAAGCACUUAAAGCAGUUUAUGAUAGCAGCUGAUUUUUAAAUCAUAUUCAUUUACUCAUUUUAGAGUUGUAAAGCCAAAACAAGACUGUAAAUUGUAUGAAGUCAUGUAGAAAUGUAUUGUGUGUGCGUUGGUGCGUGAUGCAUAAUAAUAGUAUUAGUUAAGUAAUAUCUUUGUAUCUAAUUGUAUUUAUACUGUAUAUGUUGUACAUUUACACUGUUUUGCCUCUGUCGGGUUGUAUUGCAAAAUCUUCGCACAUUGAUGUUGUACAACAUCACCUCAUUGUUUUUAGCAAAGCCACUGACUGGCUUGGUGCUUUAGUCCUGCUGCCUUGUUUCAAAUCAAAACCUCAUUCUGCAUCAGCUGAAGCCUUCAGAAAUAUAUUUUUAAACUCAAAAUGUUUUUAGUCAUUCAAAUUCACGUUUUGCCUCRAAGCUAAUUGCUUAGUAUUUAUCUUAGCCUAGCAUUUUAAAUCAGUGGUUUGCAUCUUUUAAACUCAGCUUCUGUAAAAAGAAAUGGUUAUGAACAAUUUGAAACAGCUUUUUCAGACCAAUGAACUAAUGCGGGGCCAAAAUCAAUAUUGAUUUCUGCCACUUUAAAGCCACUCCAGUCUGAAAGAUUUCUUUUUUAUAUUUUAUAAACCUUCCUUUUUACAUUAAAUGCUUAUUUUUUUAAUAGAUUUAUGUAUUUUUUUCCCAUUAGGAAUGAAUAUUUGUAAAAAAAAAAAAUAAUUGGAGUUAUUUUGACAGAACAAGAAUAUAUUUUGGACUUGUCUGCACGUUAGCUGUAAUAAACCUUUUGAGUUAUUUAAUGUUUAUAAAUUUGUUCAUAACUUUUCCACAGAGCCCAACUUCAAAAUAUCUGUACGCUUUAACUCUCGUAUUUUCUUUAAAUCUAAAGAACUGCAAACGUUACCUGUCGGCUUCACCUGAGACUACUGAUCYUGAAGUGCAAAUACAUGAACCUCCCAGCGAAACUGAAUCCAGUUUUAUUACAUAAAACAUUAUCCUGUACUGUGUCAGUAAUUCAUAUCAGUGCCAACUGUGGCAGAGCUGCACACAUCCAUGUGGAAUCAAUCCAACUGUGUCACCACACAGACCACCGACGGCUCCGAUUUUAUGAGCUAAUAACCAAUGAAUCACUUUCUUCUUCCAGUGCAGGCAGCAGCUGUGGUGCGCAACAUCCCAACAUGUUUUGUUUGAGACCAAAUAUUGCAAAAACAUCAAUGUCUUAGAGUCCCGUGUGCACGAACCAAAGCUUGAAACCAAGAGAUGAUGUUUUAUGUGUCAUUGAGUUUUAAUUCACUGUGUUGUUUUCUAUGCAGACACAGAGGACAUUUUGUUUGUGUGACUGAUUACACAAACAUGUUUUUACAAUGAAAAGGUUUUACUCUUAGUGAAGAGUAAAUGGUUAUACAGAAAAUGAGGCAUUCCUUUGACACACUAUGUGUAACGUGUUUUGUAAAAAAUAAAUACAGCGAAAAUGU